AAAGUGAGGGGCAAAGUUAUUCCUUUCUUCUCUCUAUUUCGUCCUUUACAGGUGCUUAUAUAUUCAAAGGGAGGUCUGGUCACUCAGCUCCAGUAAUAGGAGGGUCACUAUACCUGUGGGGAGGGUCCUAUCCUCGUUUAGCUGGAGUACACGAUUCACAUCAAAAGAGGACACUAACCUCCGAGCUGACCUCAACAGUUGAAACAUUUUCCUUUUCAUCAGCUCGCUGGUCCUCUCACCUAACAAGAGGCACUCCUCCAUUAGGAAGUUCUGGCUACUCCUGUACCACCUUUCGUUCUAAUAUUUAUUAUUAUGCUGGUGUCUGUCACAUUGGUCAUGAACCUUGUUACUGCAACAGUUUAAAUGUACUAAAUACACUGACCAUGAGCUGGACUCAAUUGCAUCCUAAUGAUGAGUCCAUGAUGAAGAAAGCUGGAGCUGGAAUGCUGUCACUCGAACUUGAUGGAACUGACUAUCUUUUUAUGGUUGGAGGGGUAGGUCCUACACCAGCUGUCAAACAUCCUCAGUUUCAAUAUGAUCAGCUUAAGGAUGGAUAUGUUCGUACUAAUGAACAGUUACUUUAUAAUCUAUCUAAUGGCCAAUUCACUGUUCCAUUUGUCAGUGGACAGUGCUGUCCUCCAACUAUUUUUUUUACAAUUGAAAAAAUAAACCAAAAUAAAGGAACAAUGUUUGGAGGUGUAGUAACUCACGAGGGUUUUCCUAUACCUACUGAUAGUGUGUAUACAUUUAAUGUGACACAUAAAACAAUACAUUGGGAGAAUGUUAAAAAAGGAUCAAUAUCUGGUAAGGGACUCUGGCCUAAAGAGAGAUGUGAUCAUGCAGGUGCUAUUAUCACUCAUGUCUCCAGCUCACCUGCAUUAUUUGUGAUUGGUGGGUGGGAAUAUGAUAGCACUAAACUAGUGAAUGAUUGUUUAUUAUUGGAUUAUAUCACUACUGGUCAGUACAGUUGUAAGAAGAUUACUUUACCUGAAUCUGUUACUGGUAGAUACAGUCACUCACUCACAGCAGUCACAAUGUCACCACACUGUGUGUGGCUAGUAAUUAUUGGAGGAUAUAAAGGGACGGAAUUUGUAGAUAUUGCAGGAGGAUUGCAGAAGGUGCUAAGGCCUACAUUUAUUAGUGAUUCUGAUAGGCUAAUGAUUGUUGAAUUAGUAUAUAGUGAUGCUGGUGAGUGGAUAGUACAAUCAGUACUGGAUGCUAAUGAUCUCACUAGUAAGAAAUAUCAAGAAAAGUAUUCAUCAUACAGCAAGACCAGAACAUGGUGGAUGGAUCAGCUAAUGGAAUAUCCCACAGAAAAGGAAAUGCAGCUUCAGAGAUAUAUUCAGUUAUUACAAGAAAAACUACAUGUGUUUUAUCAAGACAAAGUAUCACUACAGGAAGCACUGAUUGAGGCCAAUAAAAAAGGUUUACUUGCAUGCAUUAUUUCCACAUUCAUACUUAUUUAAAUACUUAUAAAUGUUAUAUCAUUUGAUAUGAU